GCUCGCAGGCUCAGGCACCGCGCUCGGGGGCGGGUCUAUCUUGGGAGAGGGUGCGCGCGCCCUGCGGCCCAGACUCUAGUCAUCGGCCUCGCAGCUGCUGCCAACAGCACCGCUAGUGCCACCCCUCCCAGACUGGACGGGAGGAUGGAGUCGAUAGCCGUCGUUACCGACGAUGGGGACAGGCCGGGGGUCCCAGCGGGCUCAGGCCUGUCGGCUUCCCAGCGUCGGGCCGAGCUGCGUCGGAGAAAGCUGCUCAUGAACUCAGAACAACGCAUCAACCGGAUCAUGGGCUUUCACAGGCCCGGGAGCGGCGCCGAAGAAGAAAGUCAAACAAAAUCGAAGCAGCAGGACAGUGACAAACUGAACUCCCUCAGCAUUCCUUCAGUGUCAAAGCGAGUGGUGCUGGGUGAUUCCGUCAAUACAGGAACUACUGACCAGCAGGGUGGCAUGGCCGAGGUAAAGGGGACCCAGCUGGGAGACAAACUGGACUCUUUCAUUAAACCACCUGAGUGCAGUAAUGAUACCAACCUUGAGCUCCGGCAGCGGAACAGAGGGGACCUGACAGCAGACACAGUCCAGAGGGGCUCUCGCCAUGGCCUAGAGCAGUACCUUUCCAGAUUCGAAGAAGCAAUGAAGCUAAGGAAACAGCUGAUUAGUGAAAAACCCAAUCAAGAGGAUGGAAGUACAACAGAAGAAUUUGACUCUUUUCGAAUAUUUAGAUUGGUGGGAUGUGCUCUCCUUGCUCUUGGAGUCAGAGCUUUUGUUUGCAAAUACUUGUCCAUAUUUGCUCCAUUUCUUACUUUACAACUUGCGUACAUGGGAUUGUACAAAUAUUUUCCCAAGAGUGAAAAGAAGAUAAAGACAACAGUACUAACAGCUGCACUUCUAUUAUCGGGUAUUCCUGCUGAAGUGAUCAAUCGAUCAAUGGAUACCUAUAGCAAAAUGGGUGAAGUCUUCACAGAUCUCUGUGUCUACUUUUUCACCUUUAUCUUUUGUCAUGAACUGCUUGAUUAUUGGGGCUCUGAAGUACCAUGAAGCCUGCAGAACUGAGAAGGAGAAGCUUACAAAAAAAGAAAAUUUGUCUUCUGCAUUGCAAUGCCUCUAAAGGAGGCAAAUUGGUUUACACCUUCAUGUAAUUCUUUUACUUUAGGGGUUGUAAAACUACUUUAUUAGAAAUAGAAUGGAAGAUUCCCUGAUUUAAAAGGGUUGAGUUUGUAUUAGUACUGACAUGAAGAAUAGAGCACCAAUGUCAUUAAUUGAUUUUUCUUCUUUAAUCAGAACCCCUAUUCUGUACUUUUCCUCUAACUUCUCAGAUUUGUAAUUCUUUGGGGGAGCUGAGCCUAGUGCUUUUAGGAGAGCAGAUAAACGUCGUCUCAGCCUACAGACUGCUUCUUGUAUUUGUGUCAAUCUGUCCUGAGAAAUGAAGUCAUCUUAAAAAUAAAAUGAAAGAAACUGAAUUGUCUAAUGUUAAGUCUGCACAUUGUAACAUUUCUUGUUGAGUAUCUUAAGUUUUACUCCAGCACAAGUAUUUAAUCAGAUUAAUAAUUCAGACAUGUGAAAUUGGAAGGUAUUUAUACAGUUUUUAUUGCUGUAUACCAAACUCAGAAUUGGAACUUUUUGCUUUCAAGUUUUCACUUUUAAGAAGUAUGUUUUAAGCAAACAAGAACAAAAUGACUAGAUAUAAAAAUGGGAUCUGAAGAACUGAGACAUGCAACCCGAUAUCAUAAAUAUCCUUUUUCCCCCAAAUGUGGUCUAGAUGAGUUACUAUAAAUAUCCUUUUAACUUAACUCAGUAACUGUCAUAUUUUGAUGGUUUGUCUUCUUAAAAGAGUAUAAAACUAAAGUGUUAUAUUGCUUGGUGUUACAUUUCCUUACAGAUUUUUGUAUAGUCUAAUUUGGUUAAUCCUUGUGACAUUAAAAACACAUACCCUUUUUAAAAAAUUA